CAAAAAUAUUGGACUUUCUGGAAACGAUUUUAUUCUCAUUGACGUUAGUGACCCACGGAUACGAAAUCAUAUGCUAAUUUCUCAUUAUUUAUUCGUUUCGAUGCACGAGCUAAGAAAUUGUUUUAUUCGAUAAAAUUUCUGUUCAAUGAUUCGUGGCAAUAAGAAUGAAAACUGUGGGCCCCACAAAUUUUGUGGUACUUGGACGAUGUUUUUGUCAUUGGAUUCGCAUUUGCCUGGGCUUUGAGCCAGCAAGUAAGAUCAUUGAAUAAACCAAAUUUUUGUCCAAUCAAAAAUUCAUUCCAGUCGAUUUCAUAGUCAAAAAAUGUUGUUCUCCGGAUUUUCUUGAUCUCAUAAAAUCCUGUCGAAUCGCCCAAUUUCUUUUCUCAUCAUAAAUUUGGAAUUCCUACGAAACUAAACUCACAAUCCUGAUUGCAUUGGUUUGAGUACCACAGAUACGAGUUUCAUAUCAGGACGUCGGUCAGAUUCUUCCUGCCAGCAGGAAGCAAUGCACUUUCUGACAUAGCCAGACACUGAUUUGAGCCUGCCAAGAUCCGGUCUGAGUAAUUGACCGCUACGAAUUCCCUGGAUUAUUUCGAUAGGACUGAGAAGAGUGUCCUGCCAGGGAUCUCGACGUGUCAUCGUUUCGUAGAGCACCAGGCCUAGGCUGAUGAUCGUUCAGUUUAAAAUUCGAUAAAAUACCUUCAAUUCCACAAUUUUCACAUGGUUUACCUGUAAACGUCACCCUUUUGAGUACCCUUCGGACAUGGCAACGGAUUCCUCAAUAUUUCAGGCGCCAUGUACAACUUUUUGUUCUGCAAUUUAACGAGGCCAUUCGGCUCCUCGCUUCCAGCCUUAAAUUCGUUCAGACCAAAGUCCGAUACUUGGAGUAUCCAACGACUGUCCACCAGACAAUUGGUACUUGUCAAAUUUCCGUGUGAUCCUAUUUCGCUGUCGUGAAGCUUAGUACCCUGAGCAAAUCACCGAUGAGGGACGACACGAACAUCGUGUCCAGACGAAGAUCACUGUUCCUCAAAAUGUCCUGGAGCGAUCCUCUGGCGCAGUACGUCGUAACGAUGAAAAUAGCCCCCGCUUCGACGACAGCACCGACGAAAUGGACCAAAUUCUCGUGUCUCACUUCCCGAAUUUGUUUCAACUCUUUUCUUAUCGAUCUUGAUCCAUUCGAGUCCUUGGUUUCUUCGUCGCACAGAUCAUCGCCGGGAUAAUCGCAGAUCGGGUCAGCCGUCGGUGGUCCCUUUCCGACCCACUCGAUUUCUGGAAAAUUUCAUCGAAUCGACAACGCUUGGUCAGCUCAUUCGGACACCUUACAACUUUCCAACAAACUGCUGCUGAAUGAACAUUUCAUCGAGUUCUCCAGCUCCAGAAAGUGGCAAAAAAACUUUUUGUCAUUAUCGAAAAUUGGAGGCUUUUUCACGCUUUUUCUCACCUCUCCUAGAAUCGGUGUAUUUGAACAUCGGUAGUCCACCGGAACCGUUGUUAUCGUAAUGGAAAUAGCCGACCGGUUGCAUCGACCGUUUCGCUCUCCUGUCACCCGAUGAAUAAUCCUUGAGCAAGGGAAAUAAUAUUUUUAUCGAAUAGCUGGAAGAUUUUAAGUGCUCACGUCGUAUCCUUGGAUCGAGUGAUAGCUGCGAUUUCGUAUUCGUCUCUGAAUGGCUGAACCGUUGCGUGGAUCUUCGCCUGCUUUCAAAAUUUCGAACGGAGUUUCGACUUACGUAAGAGAUGAGUGGCAAGUUCCAAGCUGCGGCAACGAGUGCCUCGAUUUUGCAAAAUACGUCGGGACCGAUGAAAGCGACGACGCCGGAAUCUUGCAUUUCCGUCAUUAUUCUUAUGCUCAAUGCAGUGUGGGAAAGUGCAUCGUCGCCCCGCCCUUCGAAAAUGGCAAAAGAUUUGGAUCUUCGUUGACUCUGGCAACGGCGAGUGGCAGAGCUCCGAGGAUAACCUUGAACAGAAAUUUUCUAAAAUCUCAUCAAUGAAGCAGCGAACACGUUUUGAACCAUGAAUUCGGUUUACGUCCGCAGAGGAGUAGUGUUGUUUCCAAUGCGGGGACGAACGCGCCGAGGAGAUGCGGAGGAGCUAAAAAGUGAGAUCUCUUUGCGAGGGGAGCGGUGUAACGCUCGAGAUCUCUGAGGGAGACGCCACCAGGUCGGUGGCCGCGCGCUCGCGGGCGCAAGGACCGAUUUUUGCCUCCGUUUGUCGCAGUCGCCAGGAGCAAAACAGCAGCAGCGACAGCGGCAGCAGCAGCCUCGUCGAUCGCGACAAACGGGUCCGGGACGCCGAGCACGAACAGAUUCUAGGAAUCAAAAGGGCCGUCUUUAUUCCACCCUUUCCUCCUUUCUUUUACACUCGCUUUACGUAUUUCAAUCGGUUUUUUUCCAACGGGCUGUCUACCGAAAUGUCAAUACCCGGCCAUAUUUGUCCAAGUGUCUCCUCGAGAAAUGAGACCUUGACGCACAAAUUACGCUCGAUCCGAGAGGGCUCGAGGCGAACCGAUUCCCUCUUGCUUUCUCUCUUCUCCCCGUCUCGCGUUCCGGUUCCCCUCAAAACCGCAUUUAUUCGUCUUUAAUUCACAAAUAUUAUACAACCGAAAAAUCAAUGAAAAGAUAACGCGAUCCCCGAGUGAGAUCGACGCGACGAACAGUCUCUGCGAUUUUAGUGACGAAACGCCACAUUUUUGGCCCUUCCGCCACCGAUCACCGUGACAAUUUUCUCCCUCCCGUUCUCAGGCACCGGGAUCUACAUUUCUCCAUGUUUUUAUUCAGCCGUUUAAAAUUGACAUCGAAAAUGCUCCAGAACAUAGAAAUUGCGUCCCAAUGAAGCGGGGGCCGACCCAACGCAAGUGAGAACUCGAAUGAAGAUAACGAGACAAGAAUUCCCGAUGAAUGAACAAAUUUCCAUGUUUUUUUUUCGUCAAGUGUAAACCGAGCGAUUUCUCCCACAAUUAUUGCCAACGAUGAUUCGCCCCCGAAGAAAAAUAGCCCUCUCAUUUAUCUGUGAUUAAGUGUCACUGUGCACAAUGACGCGAAUCACUGGAAACACGUAGACCAUGCAUUUCGUACAAGCAUGCAGAUGCAUAAAUGAACGACGAAAUAGGUCCGAGAGUACGAAGAGUAUCGAGGAUGUAAUGAUCGAGAUGUGUCCCCUUCCAGGAGGCGAGCAAGCACACCUUCCACGAUCCACGAUCCACCACCACGAGAGACUCGACGAUUCUCGGUGUUCGGUACACGUACGUGCUGCGUACCUAUCGAACGUACGCAGCUUAAACACACAUACGAUUAAGACACGGUAGGACGGCGUGCAUGUACAUUUGUGAUGCUCGUGCACGAGUUUUCGUCUUUGUGUACACGCGAGUGUGCUUUCCGAGGCGUUCACAAACUGCAAACACACAUGUGUACCAUCACAACGAUCAAUUGGAGAACGAACUCUUGGCCAAGUCUUCAUAUAUAAGUAGGAGCCAUCCACCUUCGGAGGAAUUACUCCCUCACGAGACGUGCCACGAUCCAAUACCGAUUUCACACUAAUUCCGGGUACACCGGGGACUCGAUCUCGAGCUCAUUUUCGACUCUAGUUAUUCAGUCGGUUUUUGUGAUUUCUUGGACUCCGAUUUUGCCACGAUCGAUGCAUCGAUUUUAAUCGGUUUUCAAAGUGCAGUGUCCGCGGCAUCGAACGAGCUCUUGGCCCAUUGUAACUCAAAGCUACGGCGCGAGCAAGGAAAACUUGCACCGAUCAUGUGGCUCGAGCGCUCCGGCAGCUGGAGUCUCCUGGUUGCUCUGUCAUUAGCAGCGAUAGCAGAAAGCAGCUAUUACGACGAUCCUAGAAGCGGGAACCAGCAAGGAUCCAGUUUCAAAUGUACCGAAGAAGGUUACCACGCCGAUCCUCGCGACUGUACAGUCUAUUACAGAUGCGUCGAUUUUGGCAACGGUGGGCCCCUCGUUAAAUAUAGAUUCGAGUGCGGCCCGGGCACGGUGUUUUCGAAGGAUCAGGGCGACAUUUGUACCCAUCCGGAUGUGUGCGGAAGACCGGAAUGCGGUGGCACUAACGAGCAAGGUGACAAGAUCAACGACGUCGAUUCGAACAAUAAGCCCGGUACGGAAAAGGAAAAGCCCGGUAAUCAGGGUAAACCGGAAUCGCAACCUUCCCCCACCCCGCCUCGUGGCACAUGUCCUUCUUGCGGACCUCCGCGCGGACCUGGCUCGGCGGGAACAACUGCAGCUGUGACCGAAACGACGGCUCGCCCUACUCAAGGAGCCGGUAGCACGGUUGCUUCCGUACCGACUGCGCAGGGCACAGCUCAAGGGCCCGACACCCCGAACAUCGGCACCGAAUGCACGUGCGCAGGCUUCUUGGCUGAUCCUCAAGAUUGCACCAAGUUCUACAGAUGCGUUGACGAAGGAAACGGAUCCUUCCGGAGAUAUGAAUUCAAUUGUGGCGAAGGAACGGUCUGGGACCCGAAAACUGAGAGCUGCAAUCACCCUUGGGCAGCAAACAGAGUUGGCUGCCGGAGCCCUGGAGGCUCGAACCCACCGGGACAGUCUUCCCAUGGCCCGGGAUCCACCGCCCCGGGUAAUGGAGCGACCGAACCCACUAUGACGGUCACCUGGUUCCCGGGUAGCGACUCCACUGGGAGACCGACAGGAAAACCUCCCGGAUCUUCACCGAGCUCGAGUCAGCCUACUCCAGCACCCGGCAGUACGGCAGCUUCCGUACCGCCGACUCAAGGCACAGGCCAAGGGCCCAAUACCCCGAACGUCGGCACUGAAUGCACGUGUGCAGGUUUCAUGGCUGACCCUGAAGAUUGCACCAAGUUCUACAGAUGCGUUGACGAAGGAAACGGAUCGUUCCGGAGGUACGAAUUCAAUUGUGGCGAAGGAACGGUCUGGGACCCGAAAAUAGAGAGCUGCAAUCACCCUUGGGCGGCUAACAGAGUUGGCUGUCAGGGCCCCGGAGGCUCGAACCCACCGGGACAGUCUUCCCAUGGCCCGGGAUCCAGCGCCCCGGGUCAUGGAACGACCGAACCGACUGUGACGAUAACCUGGUUCCCGGGUAGUGACUCUACUGGAAGACCGACAGGAACGGCUCCUGGCGUUACACCAAGUUCGGUCGGCCCGAGUCAGGGAAGUAGUUCUUCCGAAAGUCCGACGGGAGCAACUGCGGGAACUACAUCAAGUUCGGUAAGUCCAGGUCAAGGAGGUAGUUCUACGGGAGCUCCUUCAGGGACUCCACCAAGUUCAGGUAGCCCGGGCGAUGGUGGCGGCUGUAACAGUGGACCGGGAACCACUCCGGGAAAACCAACCGGAUCAAGCUGCAGUGGCCGUCAGUGUAAGACAGAAGGUUUCAUGGAAGAUGCUCAAGAUUGCCAGAAGUUCUACCGUUGCGUUGGUAACGGAAAAGGUUCAUUCACUCGAUACGAUUUCACGUGCGGUGUCGGCACUACUUGGGAUCAGAAGCUCCUCACUUGCGUCCAUCCUUGGGAGUCCAGCCGCCCUGAAUGUCGAGAUUCCGGGGCUUCGAAUCCACCCCAGGGGAGCACGCAUGGUCCCGAGUCAACCGGCGGUCCACCUUCCCAAGGAGCUUCUACGGCUCCGCCUGCACAAGGCUCUACGCAACCGCCAUCUUCUGAAGGAAGUUCCACGGUGCCGCCGUCGCAGGGGUCUACCGAAGCUUCACCGUCCGGAGAAACUUCAACGGCUCCACCUUCGGAAGCAACGACAGUCCCACCUUCGGAAGCCACGACAGUCCCAUCUUCCGAAGCAACUACAGUCCCACCUUCGGAAGCAACAACGGUCCCAUCUUCCGAAGCAACUACAGUCCCACCUUCGGAGGCAACAACGGUCCCACCUUCGGAAGCAACAACGGUCCCACCUUCGGAGGCAACAACGGUCCCACCUUCGGAGGCAACAACGGUCCCACCUUCGGAGGCAACAACGGUUCCACCUUCGGAGGCAACAACGGUCCCACCUUCGGAGGCAACAACGCUCCCACCUUCGGAGGCAACAACGGUCCCACCUUCGGAGGCAACAACGGUCCCACCUUCGGAGGCAACAACGGUCCCACCUUCGGAAGCAACAACAGUUCCAUCAUCUGAAGCAACAACAGUUCCAUCGUCUGAAGCAACUACGGUCCCGCCCUCUCAAGGUUCUACCGAAGUCCCACCUACCGAAGGAACGUCCGCUGUCCCAUCGUCCGAAGGUUCGUCGACGUUGACACCGAGUCAAGGUACCUCCGAAGGAUCACCGACCGGAGGCUCGACGAGCCCGAGUCAGGGACCAGCCGGAUCAUCCCCAACUGCAUCACCCCCAUCGUCAUGUGGAAGUUGUCCCCAGUGCAAGGGCGAAGGUUUCUUCCCGAAUGAGAAGGAUUGCACGAAAUUCUAUCGUUGCGUGAAAAACGAGCGUAGCGGCUACAGGAGGUUCGAUUUCGAUUGCGGACCGGGUACGGCAUGGGACCAGGGACUUCUUACUUGCAAUUACAUUCAUCAAGUAGCCACGUGCAAGGGUCAAAAUACCGCGCCUUCACAGCCAGCAGGAAUUACUUCACCGGGAUCAUCUUCUGAGAGCUCCUCGUCUUCGUCACCCUCUUCGGAAUCUUCGACGUCUUCGUCUCCCUCCGAGUCGUCGACGUCCUCUUCCUCCUCCGAGUCGUCAAGCUCAGGUUCAUCCGAAAGCGGAAGCAGUUCCCGUCCCUGCGACAACCCCGCGAGCAACAACGGAAUAGUAUGCAACAAGGAAGGUUUCUUCCCCAAUCCGGAUUACUGCGGCAAAUUCUAUCGCUGUGUCGACAACGGAAAUGGUUUCAGCGUCUAUCACUUCGACUGUGCACCCGGAACGAUCUUCGACCCUAGCAUAAGCACUUGCAACCAUGCCUCAGCGGUGUACCCGCCCAGGAACUGCAAGGAUGCCCAGGGGACGCAGCCCGGCCCAGGAACAACUGACGCUUCCACCAACGGUGCUCCAGACUGCGGUUCAACGCCCAGUUCGGAAGUGACGACCACUGGUCCCCCAUCAGGAACGUCUGCGCCGACCGCGAGCAGUUCUUCGGAAACUGCUACCGAAGCGUCGUCCUCUGGAACAUCAAACGAAGGUGGCGAAAGUACAAGCCAAGAGGAGCCAGCGACGACACCGCAAUCCACAAGCAGCCCGGCGUCCGGAGCUGACAGUUCCGGGACGCCUCCUGCUUCUCAAGAAACAACGGCACCACCUGGACCGUCGAGUACAGAAGGCGCUACGAGCCAACCCCCUCCGGCAGGCUCGGUCAUCUGCCCCGUAGGAAACCUCACCGGAGAACAAAUCGUCCUCGUUUGUCCCACCGGCUUCAGACGUCAUCCUAAAUACUGCAACAUCUUCUACCAGUGCACUUCGGAUGCCGACAUGAAUGUCAAGGUCCUGUCGUUCCACUGCCCCGAAAAUACGAUAUUCGACAACAAGAAAAUCGAGUGUGUGCCCGAGGAGCAAUCCUCCGAGCCUUGCGCCGGUGUUACCGCUGGAGCUCGAGUUUACCGCAGGGUCGAACAAUCACCAACGUCAAUGGUCCACAUUGAACAACGCGAGACCCUGUGUCCGGACCAAGGCUACUACCCUUACAACGAGGAAGAGUGCAGCAACGUAUUUUACAAAUGCAUGAGAGACGAGGAGCGGACUCUUCAGGGCUACCUCUACAAAUGCCCCGAAGACUUUGUAUUCUGGCCGGUGUCGCGACGCUGCGAACGGAGCUCCCGUCUUCCGAUGUGUUUAAGAAAGUACAAUAAUAAUCGAAACGAGGAUGAUUUUUUCGAGAGCAGAUGGUCGUUGCCGGAGGAAACGUUCAACCGCUCAGCGAGAAAAAUCUACUCGCAACGGGCGUAAUAAGGAAGAAAAUUAAUCUGGAAAUAACGAAACUGAAUCCAAAUUUCGAGAAUCAUUGGUAAUUCAUUGAAUCUCCGUACGGUCUUUAUCACCGCAGGCUGAAAAUAAGGGGAACUUCGGUUCGAUUUUUUCAAUCGUGAUUUACAUUAACAGCCUCGCGAUGUGGCUCAAGAUCGUAUGCGACGUUCAGGGGGAUUUAUUGGGUGGUGGGAUAUCCAGUAAUAAUUGUCUAUAAAAAUCUAAUUAUUUUUCAUAAUUACAUAUAAAAAUAUCAUUAUUACUGGAUAAUCAUAGUUCACUGAUUGCACGGGGAGUGUAAAGUAUAGAAAACCGAUUAAAAUCAAGAUAUUUCAAACUCGCCGAGAUCGUAUUCGUACUGUACAAGUUUCGUUUGUCUAAGAGCGUUGACAAGAUGAGACGAAAGUCAUGGUCCAAUUCAGACUUUUUCCGAUAAUUCAUUUAUUAUUGGUUUAUGAGAGUGGUGAUUUGAAGCUCAAUAUUAUAAGCCCUCGGAACGCAAAAUGUAAAUAAUGAUUGACAAGUUUGAUUUAAAAAAUUGAUCUGCAAAAAAAACGAUAAAAAUAUCUGGAUUGUUCAAAGUGAUGAGUACACGCGAGUCAUUUUCAUCGAGUGACAAUUAAUAAAUAAGUUAUGAGAUAAAGUAUAACAGUUACGCUGGAGUAAUGAAAUAAGUAAAUCGUUUUCUAUGUACGAUUGAGAAUAUUAUGCAAUUAGUUGUAGCAUUUGUAAAUAAUUAUAUAUCCCUUCGUUCAUCCGCCAUUAUAAAAUGUAAUUCGUUAUAAUUUUAUUGCUAAAUAAUUAGCGCACCAACGUGUUUUAUUAAUUAAAACGAAAAACGUAUUCAAGUUCGAUUGUAAUUUGCUACGAAUAAAUCAGAAUCAACAAAACA